AUGUCUGCUAUUCAUAUUUGCUUAGUUAUUUUAUGCGUGAUAAAUUUUACAACCGGUCGUCACAAAUUAACGCUGCACCGUGGGCAUGCUGUUACUGAACAUAAAGCUAUAGCAGAUAGAAAUAUUUCAUUGAUACAGACAAGGGAAAAUAAUAGAUUGAACGGCGAAGGGAUACGGAAAAGUAAAGAAAAAGUUUCCAUCACAGUGUAUUACGAAACUCUAUGCCCAGCAAGCAUUAGGCUAUUUGUAAGACAACUGAAGCCAGCUGUUGAGAAAUUGUCGUCUCAUUUGGAUGUACAACUUGUACCGUAUGGAUUUGCCUUGACUUACAACAUCGGUGGCUACUACAUGUUUAGAUGCCAGCACGGACCGGACGAGUGUUACGGGAACAAGCUGCACGCCUGUGUCGUGGACACAUUACGGAAUAGCACGAAGGCGGUUUUGUUCAACACCUGUCUCAUGCAGUAUUCCGUCGGGGAUCGAUACGGUUUCAAUCUCCUGUCUGUUAUACACUGGUGCGGUUAUAAACUCAAUGUUCUCGUAAGCGGUAUAUUGAAUUGCGUGAACUCUAAACGCGGGUCUGUGAUAUUGAAGAACUACGGCGAUCAAACUAAGAUGUUGAUGCUCAAAUAUGUACCUUAUAUAUUAAUCGACAACUCCGCUGAGAAACAGAACGAUGCGAUGGUUAAUUUGAUCUCAACAGUAUGUAAGAUGCUGGGGCCUACCCCACAAGUCUGUAAUAAAACUGUAACGAGGUACCACUGA